CUGCCCACCUCCCCCCUUGCCAGCCUGUCCCUUCUCUCAGUUGUGGGGUGUCUGUGUCGAGUUUUCCAGCUCCUCUUCCCUUCGAAGUCUAAGCUGGGCUCAGCCAAGCUCAGCUCCACGUGCCAGGUGGGAUUUUGGUCCUGUUAAGUUGGUCUGAACCUGGAAAGGUGGCAAAGUGUUGUCUCUGUGCUGAGGGACAGGUACCAAGAGGGCACAGAGUGUGUUAAACACAGAUCUGCCCCUUCCUCCUGCUUCUCCCCCUUCAGCACAAGCAAAAACUUCCAGAGCGGGGGGGGGGACAUCCCUGCUCUGCCUUCCCAGCUGGGGGUGGAAGCAUUGGGUUUAAAUUGUAACAUCAAAAGCCAGGUGGAAAACGCUGGAAGUGCUUGUGCAGGGUUAAUAAAUGAAGUUCCACCUUCCCCGCUGCCUGUGAGUGUGGAACUCGCUGUUCCAGCAGAGCAGUUGCUGCCAUGACCUUAAACCUGGGCUCCCCCGAGGCCUGGAGGCACUGGAGAUGUGUCUGUGUGCCUUGGAGACCUGUUCUUGUGUGUGUUUUUCCUGUUGGCUGAUAAUUCAGGGAGCCAGAACUCUUCUGCCCCCUUGGAAGUGCGACUGGUAAUGGGUAAUGGUGUGAGAGAGGGUCCAGUGGAAUUCCCAAAGGAUGUGGAGCCAGUCACAGCAGCCCAUCUCCCAGCAGAGGAUAACCAGGAGAAGAAGAAAGUGCUCAACUCCCUGAUGUCUGGUGCAUUGGCUGGUGCUGUUGCUAAAACUGCAGUGGCUCCCCUGGAUAGGACAAAAAUCAUGUUCCAAGUGUCUUCAAAAAGAUUUUCUGCCAAGGAGGCUUACAGGCUGAUCUACCGCACCUACCUCAACGAGGGCUUCUGGAGCCUCUGGAGGGGGAACUCGGCCACCAUGGUCCGCGUGAUCCCCUACGCCGCCAUCCAGUUCUGCGCCCACGAGGAGUACAAGCAGCUCCUGGGGAGCUACUACGGCUUCCAGGGAAAGGCCCUGACCCCCUUCCCUCGGUUCAUUGCCGGCUCCCUGGCGGGCACCACGGCUGCCAUGGUCACCUACCCCCUGGACAUGGUCCGUGCCCGCAUGGCCGUCACACCCAAGGAGAUGUACAGCAGCAUUGUCCACGUCUUCAUCCGGAUAUCCCGGGAAGAAGGGCUGAAAACCUUGUACAGGGGGUUCACCCCCACCAUCCUCGGGGUGAUCCCCUAUGCUGGGCUGAGCUUCUUCACCUAUGAGACACUAAAGAAAGUCCAUGCAGAUCACAGCGGGAAGGCCCAGCCCUCCCCUCCAGAGAGGCUGCUCUUCGGGGCCUGUGCGGGGCUCAUCGGGCAGUCGGCCUCCUACCCGCUGGACGUGGUGCGGCGCCGGAUGCAGACGGCCGGAGUGCUGGGCCACACCUACAGCUCCAUCCUGCUCACCAUGAGGGAGAUCGUCAGGGAGGAGGGACUCAUCCGGGGCUUGUACAAAGGCCUCAGCAUGAACUGGGUCAAAGGGCCCAUCGCGGUGGGAAUCAGCUUCACCACCUUUGACCUGACGCAGAUCCUGCUCCGCAAGCUGCAGCACGUGGAGAGGUAGUGCUUCAACCCCCUCAGCAAGGGAAGAAGUCCCAAACCCAUGUAGAAAGAGCGAUGCCCUCGUGCCCUCCCACGGCUCAGAACUCACCUGCCUUGUUUGGGUUUCCUGUUGUUCCUGGAUUUUUUUUUAUUUUAUUUUAUUUUUUUUGGUCCUUUGUAAUGAGCCCUCUCGAAUCCUUUGGAAACCUCAAAGGGCCCAUCGCGGUGGGAAUCAGCUUCACCACCUUUGACCUGACGCAGAUCCUGCUCUGCAAGCUGCAGCACGUGGAGAGGUAGUGCUUCAACCCCCUCAGCCAGGGGGAAAGUCCCAAAACGUGUAGAAAGAGCGAUGCCCUCGUGCCCUCCCAUGGCUCAGAACUCACCUGCCUUGUUUGGGUUUCCUGUUGUUCCUGGAUAUUUUUUUUAACUAAUAUUUUUUUUUUUUUGGUCCUUUGUAAUGAGCCCUCUCGAAUCCUUUGGAAACCUCAAAGGGCCCAUUGCAGUGGGAAUCAGCUUCACCACCUUUGACCUGACGCAGAUCCUGCUCCGUAAGCUGCAGCACGUGGAGAGGUAGUGCUUCAACCCCCUCAGCCAGGGGAAAGUCCCAGAACAUGUAGAAAGAGCGAUGCCCUCGUGCCCUCCCGCGGCUCAGAACUCACCUGCCUUGUUUUGAGUUUCCUGUCGUUCCUGGAUGAUUUUUUUUUUUAUUUUUUUUUUUUUUUGGUCCUUUGUAACGAGCCCUCUCAAGUCCCUCGGAAACCUCAAAGGGCCCAUUGCAGUGGGAAUCAGCUUCACCACCUUUGACCUGACGCAGAUCCUGCUCUGCAAGCUGCAGCACCUGGAGAGGUAGUGCUUCAACCCCCUCAGCCCUGGCCAGGAGGAAAAUCCCAAACUGUGUAGAAAGAGCAAUGCCCCCGUGCCCUCCCACAGCUCAGAACUCACCUGCCUUGUUUUGGGUUUCCUGUUGUUCCUGGAUGAUUUGUUUUUUAUUAUUAUUUUUUUUUGUCCUUUGUAACGAGCCCUCUC